AUGCCAGACUCUACACCACCAGUUUUACCACUUAGAGACGAUACAGAUAAACCUUCCAUACCAACUUUACCCCCACGGAACAAUUCGGAUACUUCUACUAUAACAGAUAAUCAUAUUCAUUAUGGAUUUUCUGAUAGUUUAAGUGUUAUCUCUGUGAUUAGACAGAUUGAAUUAUAUUCAUCACCUCAAUUAAAUGAAACUUCUGAUUUAAUUGUCAAUCAAAAUACCAAUGCUAGUAGUACUGGUAAUGAUAAUUUAAGAUUAAGAUUAGAUGAUAUAAAGAAUAAAGUUGAUAUUGAAGAUGAUAAUGUUAAUUAUUGGAUAAGUAUAAUUCAAGAUUAUAGUAAUCAAUUCAUUAGGACGAAUGAUAAGAUUGAAGAGUUUGAAACUCAUUUAAUUAAAGGGAUUCCUACUGAUUUAAGAGCUUUGGUAUAUUUAAAGACAUUACAGAUAAGGUAUAAACUUAAUCAUAAGGAAUCAUUUGAUAGUUUGAUUAAGAAAGCGAAAUAUUCCACUUAUAAUCAAGAUCAUGAAAGUUUUAUAAAGAGUUUGAAUCUUGAAUCAAGUACCCAAGAUAUUGUCGAAGUUUAUAAUUAUUAUAUCAAUGAAGUGAGUUCCAAGACGAAUUUAAAUCCUGAUGUGAUUGUAUCAUAUAACGCCCCUAGUUCAUUCAUACUAUCUGUAACUAAAGUUGUUUCCAAGAUUCCCCAUUUGGAACCUGAAGAAAUCUUUUAUGUCUUAUUGAAGGUGGAUAAGCUUUUCCAUAGUUUGAUCAAAGAAGAAUUCUAUUAUAAGAUCAAUAGAUCAUUAGAGGAUUUGGUUCAUAAAGUAUUUUUACAUAUCAGUGUCCAAGGAAUAUAUCUUAAUGAUCUUUACAAGGAUAUAUUGUUUAAUUAUUUCGAACAUAAGAUUACAGAUCCACAACAAUUACUUGUCAUUUUAGAUUUUAUAAUAUUUGAAGGGUUUGAUUUCGUAUUAAGAUUGAUUUUAUCAGUUUUCAUUCAACAUAAAGACAAUAUAUUGAAAUUAGAAGGAGAUGAAUUAAGUCAAUUUUUAAAUUCUUCAAAAUUAUUCGAAAAUCAUGAAUUAAACUUAUCAAGUAUACUUAAAUCUCAACCUCAAAUCAUUAAAUAUGAAAAUGAGUAUCAUUUAAUCCAUGCCAAUUCAUUAAAUAACAAUCAAAAUGAAUUAACUAACCUACAAGAAGUCAAUGAUGAUCUUUUAAUUAAAAUUAAUGAAUUGAAUCGUCAAUUGGAAAAUCUUCGAACCACCCAUACUGAAAUCACUCAACAAAGUGAUGAAUACAAUGUUCAAUUAGAUGAAGCCAAAGGGAUAAAUAGUGAAUUAACCCUGAAAAUGAAUGGUUUACAAACUCAAAUAAAAGAAUUAACCAUGGAAGAUAAUUUAAAUAAUACCAUUCAAGCCAAUAAAGAUUUUGAAGAAAGAAAUAAUGAAUUAGAAGCUCAAAUAGAACAAGUAAAGAAUGACAUAGAGAAAAAGAAACUCAAACUUGCUAAAUUGGGCGGUGCAACCACCGUCCCUGGUGUUGUUGCAUCUCCAAUCACCCAUGAUAAUUCUGGAGAUGGUCCCAUUAUUAACACUCAUGUAGAGUCAGUAUCGGUUGAUAAGGAAACUGAUAUAGAAGCUGAUGCAGAAGUACAUUUAUUGCAGUCAGAUAGUGAAAUAAAGUAA